AUGGCUACAGCAUUAGAUGUUCAGCACGAGAGAGCUUACCAAAAGCAAGAAGGAGCAAGCUUUUUCAACUCCAAAAAAAUAAAAAAGGGAUCUAAAACCUAUACCAGAUAUUGGAAAAAUGUAGGAAUGGGAUUUGCCGUUCCAAAGGAAGCCAAAGAAGGUGUUUAUGUUGACAAAAAAUGCCCAUUCACUGGAAAUGUAGCAAUUAGAGGAAGAAUAUUAAAAGGUAUGGUCAUAUCAAACAAAAUGAAGAGAACCAUCAUUAUUAGAAGAAACUAUUUACAUUACGUAAAAAAAUAUAACAGAUUUGAAAAAAGACACAAAAACAUUCCAUGCCAUUGUUCCCCAUGUUUUGAUGUAAAGGAAGGAGAUAUCGUUACAGUUGGUCAAUGCAGGCCCUUAUCCAAAACUGUCCGAUUCAACGUAUUACAUGUAGAAAAACAUCAAAUUUUUGGAAGUGCAAGAAAACAAUUUGUUUUAUUUUAG